AUGACUGAGGCUGCUGAGGCGCUUUCCAGGGCUUUUCCUGGCCCUAUGAGGAAAAAAUUUGCCAUUCCUCCUGUCAAGAUAGCUUGUUUGUCUUGUCGGGCAUCCAGGACGAGAUGUAACGGCGAGCAUCCGUGCGCCAGUUGUGUGACAAAAGAUCGCGAAUGCGUCUACAAGCCCAGUCGAAGGGGUGGCCCUCGCGUUCGCAAAAAGUCGCGUCCCCUUUCUGAUUACCAAGAUCUUGCCACAUCUCUACCUCCGAAAGCAGAGGAGAUGCCGCAGACUGGACUCCUAGUAGAAGAGUACAUCGGUCCUGGGGCCGGCCUCAAGGCACUGGCUGAAGUAUUUCAGGAUAGCGAUACUAUAUAUGACCACCUCUUCCAAAGUCCCGUGGAGGAAAUACCAUUUAGUAUACAUGUACCCAUUACUCGCACCUAUGGAAGUGAUAACCGCGCCAUUUUGAAUGCGUAUUAUAUAUGGAUACACCCAUACUUUCCCAUUCUGCCAGCACCUGAGCAGGUACCAAUGCCUGAUCAGCCGCUGGCCUUGGCAGAGAACCAGAGUGAAGGUUUUCAGGAGCCCUUGUCUGCGAUAUCUCUAGCGAUUUCAGCGAUACUAGCCCUCAUCCCAUGUCCCCUCGAUUCUCACCCGCUGAGUGAGGAGUCUAUUCGCUGGAGACGUACGUAUUCUCAAUUCCUCGCCAAGGCAGCAUUAGAAAGUGUUGAAAAUGAGAGUGAUCGACCCGAGUCAUCAGUCGAACCCGCCAAAGCUCUUGAUGACUCCGAUGACGAAAUAUUUCGCGAGAAGUUCCAUCCUCAGGUCCCGCUGGAAUUGGAAAGUAUUAUAGCUCUUGAUCUUCUUAGCAUCUACGAAUAUGCGCAACGCGGAAACUUGAAGAAAAUGCGCGCAAGGGCUGGAGCUGCAUUAGUGGCAGCAAUGUCUCUCCAUCUACAUCAGAGGAGUGAAGUUGAGGACGAAUUCACGGAGGCUCGCCGACGCGUAUGGUGGAUGACGUACAUUUGUGUAUGUCAAGGCUCAAUAGUCAGCAACACGGCGCCUACCUUUGAGGUCUUUGGAUCAAGCUACACGGCUAGGUACCCGACGAUUCUAGCCGAUGCAGAGGCUUGGCCAACUUUUGUACGGUCCCAGCAAGCUAUUCUAGCCGCCACACAGUUUGUCAUCGAGUUUAAUAAGGUCAGAGAAACUGGGGCAGAUAUGACUCGAAUUUAUACUCGAAUGCAAGAACUUGAGAGGCUCCUAGAACCGUUGAUAAACCAAACCGAGUCAUGGGCUUCAGACUUCCCGAUAGCACAGCCAGUUGAUCGUAACGAAGCUGUUAUGGCCAAUGCUUUGCGAUGCAUGUCGCGAAUCAAACUAAAUAGUGCCCGAAUUAAGGUGCAUCGUUACUGUGCGUUCUUUGACAUCGCGGUGUUUACCAACAAGCAUUGUGAUCUAGCUAGCCUUCCCAAGCAGGAAGACUAUGGCUGUGAACCUCGACGUCUUCAAUCUUGCUGCAUGACAACAUUACACAGCCCUCCAUCAACCUGCGGGCAGUCGACAGGAUCUUUAUCCCCUGGUGCGUCUGAUAGUCCAUCACCCAACUCGAACGGUCAUACGCAGCCGUCUAUAGCCGAUAUGCCGUUCUCAAGGCAUGAGUCGACUAGGAUUUGCUUAAAGUCCGCCCUGAACAUUGCAGCAAGCUUUGAUGCUAUGCCUUAUCCGAACCCCACUGGUCAAUUUUGCGAAACGCCAGUCUACUUAGGGCCAAGGUCAACCUUCAUCACGCCUAGGACGAUGCCCUCUUUUGCUUGUUGUGCAAUGCAAUGUAGCUACGCCUUGCUUAUGGUCAAGGAUCGCACAGAGUCUAUUUAUCCCAAGUCAAACGGGAAUAACAAUGUUCUUGUAGACAAUUUGCGUGAUCGCUUGCAGCAGGGGCUACUCUCCGUUUUAGCGACACUAGAGAACUACGCCACAGCCUUCGAAGCGUUGGGUGGUAUGCGAGAUCAAAUCCGAGACAAGGUCGAUCUUAAUUUCAAUUUCACGUUCUAG